UACACAAAUUAGCAGGUGCUUGACAACAAACGAAAACGAACCUUCAUCAUUGGCUUAUUUCGGUGCCUGUAACUUGUAAAUAUGGCAGGGGAAAAGGUUAUGAAAGGACAGAUAUUGGACUUUGCCGUCCAAAUGAAGAAACUGGUUAACAACAAAGAACACAGUGAUAUUAAAUUUUUGAUUGGACCAAAUAGAAAGCCAAUAUAUGCCCACCGUGUCAUCUUGUCUGCACGAUGUGCAGUGUUUAAAGCAAUGUUUGCUGACCAGGCUCAGCGAGGAUCCAGUGGAGAUCGAGAUGUGCCAUUCGUUCUGUCCGACAUGUCACCCGAAGUAUUCCUCGCCCUGAUGGAAUUCCUGUACACAAACUGUGUAACACUCACGCCAAAAAUAGCAAUUGAUAUGUUGGCCACAUCGUUGGAGUACGGAUUGGAUGAACUAAGAAGGCUGUCUUCUGAGUACCUCGUGGAGAACUUGAGUGUGCAGAAUGCCCCAGAAUGUCUACAGGCAGCAGUCACGUAUAACCAGGAUGAAUUACGGGAACACAUUAUUGUCUUCAUAGAUGAACACACAGAUAAUGUAUUCAAGUCAAAAGGUUUCCAGGAGCUGUCCGAGGACGCCAUGGUGGAACUGUUGGGGAGUGAUGGUUUACAGAUGGAUGAGCUAGAUAUUUUCAACUUUGUCAAGGACUGGGCCACGGUUAAUGCUGUUGUACUAAACAAGCCUGUGUCUGAAGUAGCACGGAAAGUGAUCCCUCGAGUCAGACUGGCUCUGAUGGCAUCAUCUGAAAUUGAGGAAAUAGAAAAGGAUAACAGGAAAGAUAACCUUGUACCUGUUGAAUCUUUUAACAAUGCGUGGAAAUUCCAUGCGAUGAAGAAAUGUGAAGCUGAAAACCCACUUCAGAGGAAAAGAGCAGGAACGAUGAACCGUGAACACCACACAUUUCUGGGGCACUGAGAUAUUUAGGAAUAAGAUGACAACGCUUUAUAGAAUUUACUUAUAUUUUGUGAUGCCUUAUUGAAUGGUUCUGAUUCAGAAUGUCUGGUUAGCUUUAAGUUAUUCAGUGAACAUUUUUGUCUAGGACUCAUAAAACAUAUAAUUGUUUUUUGAAGAUAGGAUGGUCUGUAAAGAAGUUAUGCUAUCAUUUUUUUUUUAAAUAUUUCCUUAUCUUACAAUUGUAUUACUGUUUAUAAGAGCUGAUCACAGCUGAAGACGAAAAAAUCAGAAAAUGAAAAUAUAAGAUAAGGUAUGAUCCUCUCAGCUUACGAUGGGAUAUAUCUGGUGGUGCUGUAACACUAGUAGAGCCAAGAUUGUGGCACUGGUAAGUCUUCCAAGCAUGGAAAACAUCUUGCCACAAUGAAAGCUAACAAGGCUCCUUAAUAUUGUCAAAAAAUAUCUUCAUGCUAGAAGUUUGCUGCGCUUAUAAAAAAUUGCUUAGAGAUACACAAAUGUAUAUUUAUAUUGUAAUGAUUUUAUUGAAGUUUGAAACGUUUUGUUUCACUGACAUUUCCCAUUGCCCUGAACGAUGGACACCACUCAAUCGCAUACUAGGCCACUAGAAGGCUAUGUUGUACUACAUGUGGCCGACUAGCUCUGAAUACCAUAUAUCUAUUGAAGGGACAUAACUCUUGUUUGUCUUGGCCAUCUCUUGUGUACAGUGUAUGGAAAGUAUAUAUAUUAGCUGAAAUUACAAUAUUAUGUAAAAUAAACAUUUGUUGUCUAGUUACAUUGUAUGUAGAAAAUGUUAUAGCUAAUUCAUUUGUGAUGUAUGGAGUAAAUGUCUUUAAGCCUUUGAUAUAAGUAAAUUUAAUCACAAGCAUUAAAAUAAUGAUUUAGUACAAAACAACAUAAUAUAUUGUAUCAAAGUUUCUAGACAUUUACUGUCGUUUAUAAAAAACUUUUUUGAAGUUAUUUAAUCAUAUAUUUCCACACAGAUUAUAUCAAAAAUCAAAGUUUCCACAUAUAAUGAUUGUGUAAUCACCAUUACUAAUUAUAGUGUAUAUUGUGUUCUUAUUGGUCAAAACAGUGAUUUACCCGAACUUCAAUCAAUUCUUACAUGACCUCUGUAGGAGUUCCAUUUGCUUUCCCGAUCUUUAAAAUAAGGAUCCCGAGAAGUAUUGGUUCUAUACAGACCACGACUCGGAGUUGAGGUUGAUAUGACUGUCCUACUACUCGAGUAUUGUGAUUUGUCUACACUUUUAAUUCUCUGCUGCCUAAUGCCAUCUGUCUGUGAUAAUGACAUUCUGACCACUUCAGCUCAGAAACACAGACUUUUCAGCAAUACAUUACCAGACCAGCAUGACAAUCCUAUGACCACCUGUAUAGUAACAUUGAAAUGUCACCUAAUCCUCUCCACUAAUCCCUCUCUGUCAGAGCUGUAUGGCUGCCAUCUGUUUGUUAUGCUACACCAAUUGUCCAUUUGUCCAGAGCUUAAAUUAUACUUUCUUUACACUCAUACAAAGAAGCUUUUGCUAUUAUAACAUUGCAACCAAAUAUCUGAAAGCAUGCAAAGCAUACAAAUGAGUUUGAUUUAUUCACGCUCAGAAAGAGUUUUUUAGAAUUUUUUCAUAUUAAGAAAAAAAUGUUCU